CCUCACUCAGCCCAUAUCGUCACGAAUCGCCGGCAUGAGGUUCCUCACGAUGCAGCGGCCAAUAUUGGCUGCUGUGGCUAGUCUAGCCAGGCCGGCUUUCACACCUGUCACUCCCCUGGGUGUCCAAUUGGCCAAUUCCCUCGUCCAAGGUCAUCGAUUUGCCUCGGUCAAGUCACAGGGAGCAUACAAGAAGAAGCCCAAGAGGGGUAUUCCAAAGAAGCUCGGUGCAAAGCGUACAGGAGAUCAAUUCGUCAUUCCUGGAAACAUCCUCUACAAACAGCGCGGUACGCAUUGGUGGCCUGGAGAGAACUGCAUCAUGGGCCGAGAUCAUACCAUUCACGCAAUGGCAACCGGAUACGUCAAAUACUACCGCGAUCCCUCACUACACCCCGACCGCAAAUACAUCGGCGUAGUCUUCGACAAGAACGACACGCUACCAUAUCCCGCUCACGCCCAGCGCAAGCGAAAACUAAACAUGACCGCCUUCCCCAUCAAAGAAGUCGCCGCCCAACCCGAGAUCUCGCCGUCCGGAAUACCCUUCCAGGUCAACCGUGUCGAAGCGGGCGAACCAGACAGAUUGCUCAAGCUGCGAAAGGACUACAGUUAUCGUGAAGAUAACUGGGCUAUUGGAAAGCUGGCCAAGACGACGGGUCUCAAGACCAAGAGGUUCAGGACGCGAAAGCAGUGGUUCAGACAUAGACGAUGGAGACGGGAGAGGGAACUCGAGGGGCAGAGAAAGGCGGAGCAGAAGAGGGCUGAGAGUGGUGGGGAGAUCAAGGCUGUCAAGAUGCUUAGCCAGAAGCAAGCUAAGAAGGCGAAGAAGGCUUCAAAGAAGAAAUAGCCGUUAGAUGCGACGGAAGAGGCUGUAGAAUAGGUGGACAAGUGUAUGUAUAGCUGUACAUUAUGAGACAUGUCGAAAUCAUGAAUCACUGCAGUAGAAGUGAACCUGAAAAUAGAUCUGUUUGUAAAUUCCCAAACGGUAUUGAUUGC